GUUGAUUGCAUCUUUUCAUCCUUGCCCUGAUCUCCCUUCAUAAUCUUCGGUUCUAGAUUACACUACCAAGGAAGGAUUUUAUCCUUUCCUUAAACUAGGAAUCUAUCUAGGUAUAGUAGUUAUAGGUGUGUAAUCUAUCGCCGGAGCUGAAUAAAAAUGGGGAAGGGAAAGCCAGAGUUCCAGGGAAGGGGGCUGCUUUCUAACCUUGCCGGAUUUGCCGGCGCCGGUCAUCACCGUCCGGGAGGCUACGGCGGCGGUCAUCAUGGAUAUCCUCAUCCUUCUCCUCCUGCUGGGGCAUACCCACCAGCUGCCGGAUAUCCUCAUCCUCCUCCUCCUGCUGCAGGGGCAUACCCAUCACCUGCCGGAUAUCCCCAUCCUCCUCCUCCUUCACCUGGAUACAUGCCGCCGGAAGGGUAUCCUCCUCUUGCCGGUGCACACCCUCCCCCUCCUUCACCUGGAUACAGCCCGGAAGGGUAUCCUCCUGCCGGUGCACACCCUCCCCCUCCGGCUGGCUACCCGGCGCCGGCGCCGGCGGUAUAUCCUCCGCCGAGUGGUGCAUUUCCCCAACAUGGCUAUCCUCCUGCUGGCUAUCCACCCCCAUCAACUUCACAUCAUGGUGCGGGGCAAGGAUCUAAUAACUUUGGAACAAUGUUAGCUGGAGGUGCUGCAGCUGCAGCUGCUGCAAUUGGAGCUCACCAUCUUGCACAUGGUCAUCAUCAUAUGCAUGGUGGUUACUAUGGGCACCAUGGAAAAUUCAAGCAUGGAAAGAUCAAGCAAGGGAAGUAUGGAAAGCGCAGCUUCAAGCGUUGGAAGUAGUGAUGAUAACCAUGCAUGCAUGCAUGACAAAGGCAUACAUGUAUUUAUGCAACAUAUAUAUUCAUUAUGAGUCUAUGUACAUGUAAUUUCUCAGCUCACAUUAUAUUAAUGCACAUCUGAUCUGCUUAG